AUGGCAACUAAUUCGGUUAAUCCCGUUCCCUUCUCUGAGCCUCCAUAUCUUUGCGGACUCCCUUCCCCGUACUACUCAGAGGCACAUCGAGACUUUCAGAAAAGAUGCAGGGCGUUUCUAUGGGAGAAUAUGAACAAGUAUGCGAUGGAAUGGGAGCGAGAGAGUCAAGUCCCGGAGCACGUUUUUGAAACAUUCGGCAAGUAUAAUAUGUUGCUACCGAAUCUACCGUCUCCGCUUCCUGUGGGCUGGCUGAAGAGAUUGGGCAUUCAUGACAUUUUGGGCGUGAAGGUGGAGGACUGGGAUAUCAUGUACACCAUGAUAUACUUGGAUGAAAUGGGUCGAUCCGGAUUGCACGGUCCACCUAGUUCUCUAACAGCUGGCUUCGCUUUCGGCAUCCCUCCGGUUAUCAAAUUCGGAAGCAAAGAACUGCAGGAGAGAUUCCUCCCGGACUUUUUGACAGCCAAGAAGCGAAUGUGCAUUGCCAUCACUGAACCAGAUGCGGGAAGCGAUGUUGCAAAUAUCACCACUACCGCCGUGAAAUCUGCAGAUGGAAAGCAUUAUAUCAUCAAUGGCACAAAGAAAUGGAUUACGAACGGUAUCUGGUCUGACUACACGACCAUGGCAGUUCGCACCGGCGGUCCCGGAGCCUCCGGCCUUUCCAUCGUUCUUGUUCCACUGAAGAAUUACCCCGGGGUGUCCAUGCGUCGAUUCUACGUUAGUGGCCAGACCGCCAGCGGAACCACAUACAUUGAGCUCGACGAUGUCAAAGUCCCUGUUGAGAACUUGAUCGGCGAAGAAGGCCAGGGCAUGAAGUACAUCAUGACCAAUUUCAAUCACGAGCGCCUUACCAUCUCAGUCGGUGUCACACGCCAGGCACGAGUUGCGCUGAGCGCGGCAUUUGAGUACUGCUUGAAACGAGAGGCCUUUGGAAAAACAUUGAUGGACCAGCCCGUUGUCAGGCACCGUUUGGCUAAGGCGGGUGCAGAAUUGGAGUCAAUGUGGGCGUGGGUUGAGCAGUUCUUUUAUCAAGUCAAGCACAUGUCCAAGGAAGAAGGCGAUCGUCGACUUGGAGGCCUCACUGCUCUGGCCAAGGCAAAGGCGGGCAUGGUUUUGAAUGAAUGUGCCCAGGUUGCUGUGUUGCUCUUUGGAGGCAAUGGGCUGACAAGAACCGGCCAGGGAGAGUUGGUUGAAAAAAUUUCUCGAGAAGUCUGGGGUGCUCGCAUCCCCGGCGGUUCGGAGGAUGUGCUGCUUGACCUUUCAAUCAGACAGCUUGUUAAGAUCUUCAAGGCCGAAACCAAGAAACUGGGGGAGUCCAGGCUUUGA